UGGUGGUUCUUUACACUGAACUUGCUGAUAGCGAUCAACUUUUGUGUGUUGGCACGCAACUGGCCCCAGCUUAUGUCGCGCUGGACGCAGCUGGAGCAAUCAUUACCCGAUCAGCCCAGACUGAGCGCUGCUUACAGACGAAAUACGCGCCAGAUCGUGUUGAUUACGCUUGUGUUGCUGGCCAGUGGUCUGAUUGAGCAUGUGCUUUCCAAACCGGCAGGUCUUCACCGUGCCUACCGUUGUCCGAUCCCGAACCUCCUGGAGGCUCACUACAAACAAGCGUUCCCGGAAAUGUUCUCCUUCGUACCGUACAACGCUUACAUUGGAUUUUUAGCACAAACCAUCACAUCCCUGCUAACGGUGUACUGGAACUAUGUGGAUUUGUUCUUGAUAUGUGUAUCCAUUGGCCUCCGCACAAAUCUGGCGCACGUGAACGAAGCAAUCCGAGGUUCGGAAAAGAUGUACCAUCGGGACAGCUUUUGGAAGGAACAGUUUGCACACUACCGCCAAGUGCUAGGCUUGAUACGCGACGUUAAUAGUCAUAUCGGAGUCUUCAUCGUUAUCUCCUACUCCAGCAAUCUGUUCUUCAUCUGCGUCCAGCUGGUGAAUGUUUUCCAGCAAAAUGCAUCACUCAUCGUCACCACCUACUUCUGGUACUCGCUGGCUCAUCUGAUUGGCCGCAUUGUGGCCGUUUCAUUGUACGGUUCGGCGAUCCAUGACGAAUACUGCCGGACACGUUCGCUGUUCUACAACCUGCCGGACGGGUUCAACUGCUCUGUGGAGGUACAACGGUUCCAUCGGCAGGUCGAGCAUGACUCGGUAGCACUAACCGGCUACGGGUUUUUUCAUUUGACGCGCAAACUUAUUCUGAAGAUCGCCGCGACCGUCGUAACGUACGAGUUGGUUUUGACGCAGGUUAACGAAGCGGAAGCCAAAAAUGGUGACGAUAAUCCGUGCACUAGCCGUGCUAUACGCUUGAGGUGCAGAAUGGCUCUGAAACUGUUGGAAAACAAACUUCUGCUGCGUCGGAAUAAUGUGAUAAGCCUACAAAUCGAUGAGCUGGUAUGUGAGAAGCGAAAAAAGAUGGGUUUCGCAGUGGACGAACAUCACGACACUAAGCCACUGAUAAAACCAACCUGGAGCACGCUACUGAAACGAUGGUGCGGUGCCUGGCUUCGCUGGCCAAAGGUACCGCGCCGGGCCGUUCGUGAGGAUUGGAUGCACAACGGCACCUUUCACGAAGCGGUCAGCGGUGUGCUGAUGAUGGCACAGCUCUUCUCAAUCAUGCCAGUGCUCGGCAUCCUCGCGAAAGAUCCGCGCAAGCUACGCUUCUCGUACGCGAGCGGUCGUGCGUUCUAUGCGUACUUUUGUGUAGUUGGUAUCGGGUUCCUAACCACGAUGUCGAUUUACUUCUUCGCCAGCAAGCGUUACCACUUUCAGAAGAUGGUAACGGGCUUCUUCUACUGCUACAAUCUGUACGCGAUGUAUCGGUUCGGUCGGCUCGCCCAGAAAUGGCCCGCGCUGAUGAGUAAGUGGACCCACGUCGAUGACUCAUUGCCACCGCAAAAGGACCUGUUCGAACGUGCCGUCCUGGCGUACCGCAUAAAGCUGUGCUCAAUCAUCGUGAUGACACUGUCCCUGUCCGAACAUUUGCUGUCGAUCGUGGCAGCCGUACACUACUCGAACAACUGCCCGGCGGUGCACGAUCCGUACGAAGCGUUCUUCAAGUCGAACUUUGCGUUCGUGUACUACUACUUUGCGUACUCGACGUGGCGCGGAUUUUGGACCAAGUUCUUCAACGUGAUCUGUAACUUCAUCUGGAGCUAUGUGGAUCUGUUUGUGAUAGUGGUCAGCAUGGGUUUGUCGCAUUCGUUUCGCCGCAUCAAUGCGUAUCUGUUUCUGCACAAACGUGAGAAAAUGUCUGAACAGUUUUGGGGCGAACAGCGGCAAAAGUAUCGAAACGUGUGCGAUCUUGUAACGACAGUGGACGAUCAUAUCUCCGCCAUCACGAUGCUUUCCAUCUCAAACAAUCUCUUCUUUAUCUGCGUCCAAAUUCUGAACAGUAUGAACUCGCGACCCACUCUAGUGCACACGGUGUACUUCUGGUUUAACUUGAUCAUCCUGAUCGGACGCACGCUAGCCGUCGCCAUGUUUGCCGCGGAAGUGAACGAUGAGUCGAAACGUCCGAUCGAGGUCCUUCGUACGAUACCGCGCGACGGUUGGUGCUUGGAAGCGAAACGGUUUGCCGAGGAAGUGACGACCGAUACCGUCGCCCUGACCGGGCUCAAGUUUUUCAGCAUGACCCGCAAACUGGUGCUGAACGUGACCGGGGCAAUCAUUACGUACGAGCUGGUGCUGAUACAGUUCCACAAGGACGAAAUCUCGGAUGUGGAUUUGUGUAAGCUUAAGCGUAUGGACACGUUGUGAAAGGGUUGCUUUAUUCGUUGGAUUCGUCGUUUGCUGUCGUAGUUUGUGUGUCGGUGUCGUUCUGUAACCUGUUCAGUGUUGAGUGUUUAAUCGAUCCAUUUGAUGAAAAAUAUUACUAAAGUGAUGUAGCGUAUCUGAAGAGAAGCUGUUAUUCGCUUUAAAAGGAUUUUACAACAGUUUAAGCUAGUUUCAAUCCAGUUCGUUGCAACGAGUUAAAAAUCUCAUGUCUCCAUGUGAACAUCUCGUCGAGUGUAUUUUGCUUCCCUCUCUUUCUUCGGUCGGCUAAAAUCCUGCACAUAAGGAAGUGUAUCAUCGAAACACCUCUCAAAAAUCAAUCACUCCAUCACAUGUCCUUCCUGGAAGUGUCCUAUCAUCACAUCAGCGUGCUUGUGCAAGGGACGUCUAGCAUCAAUCCCGUCCCGUAGCAUGCCGAUCACCCGUUUCGGGUCAAAAAGGGGCUGCUCAAAUGUAAUCGAUUGUAAACGCUUCAAUCGUGCAUGUCGGGCUUCAUUAAUAAACAAUCGUCAGAAUCAAUAUUUUAUACCGUCUA